GGUAAAGGCACGGUCAUAAAAGGCAUCGUCUUCCUUUUGAGCCGACGAAAGCCAGGCCACACAAUGACUCCUCCUCCUCCUCCUCAAUCCGUCCGAUUCAUCUCCGACUGUUUCGUCAAACCGCCCCAGCUUCCGCCACGUUCGAACCGUCCUCUCCACUUGCCGCCGUGGGACCUCGCCAUGCUCUCCGUCCACUACAUCCAAAAGGGCCUCCUCUUCCCCCUCCCUCCUCCCUGCCUUGACCCUGCCUUCGACCGCCCCGCUUUCAUCCGUUCCUUCCUGGAAAAACUCAAGCGCUCUCUCUCUUCUGCCCUUUUCCACUUCUACCCGCUCGCCGGCCGCCUCGCCACCCUCAAGGGGACCGACCCCGCUUUCUACACCGUCUUCGUCGACUGUGCCGACAGCCCCGGGGCCCGGUUCGUCCAUGCCGCGAUCGACCUGACUGUGGCCGACAUUCUCUCCCCUACGUACGUCCCGGAGGUCGUCCAGUCCUUCUUCGACCACGACCGGGCGAUCAACCACGACGGUCACGCCCUGUCCCUGCUGUCCGUGCAGGUCACCGAGCUUGCCGACGGCGUCUUCAUCGGGCUCUCCAUAAAUCAUGCCGUCGGCGACGGCGCCUCCUUCUGGCUCUUCUUCAACUCGUGGUCCGAGAUCUUCCGAGCGCAAGAGAAAGGCGCCGUUGACGUCGUUCAGCUAUCGCGUCCCCCGGUCCUGACCAGGUGGUUCCCGGAAAACCAUCCCGCCCCGUUGAGCCUGCCUUACACGGACGAUCCCUCGUCGUUCCUCGCCCACUAUGAAGCUCCCGAGCUCAGGGAGCGAGUCUUCCACUUCUCCGCCGAAUCCAUCGCGGGGCUCAAGGCGGAGGCGAACCGGCAAUGUGGCACCACCAAUAUUUCAUCCUUGCAGUCCCUGACUGCCCUUGUAUGGCGGUGCAUCACUCGCGCCCGCCGCUUCCCGCCCAGCCAGGUCACAGGUUGCCGGAUGGCUGCGAACAACCGGGCAAGGCUGGACCCCCCUCUCCCGGCGGAAUACUUCGGAAAUUCGAUCACGCCGGUGAGGACAGCGGCAAUGGUGGGGGAGCUGCUGGGCGGCGGCAUCGGGUGGGCAGCGCGGCUCCUGCAUGUGGCGGUGGCGGAGCACAGCAACGCAAAGCUGAGGGAGUGGAACGAGGAGUGGAUAAAGAGGCCACAGGUAUACCACCUGGACAAGACGUUCGAUUCGUACAGCAUCAUGAUGGGGAGCUCGCCGCGGUUCGACAAGUAUGGCAACGAGUUCGGGCUGGGGAAAGCUGUGGCUCUGCGAAGUGGAUACGCGAACAAGUUCGACGGCAAGGUCUCAGCCUAUCCGGGCCGCGAAGGAGGCGGGAGCAUCGACCUCGAGGUAUGCCUUCCACCGGCGACGAUGGCAGUCCUCGAAGCUGACCCGGAGUUCAUGGCCGCCGUGACUGUUUCGUAGGUUGUUGGAGGGCCAACAUCAACACAGUGAGUCAUGUGCAAGUCGAGUCUACGCGCAUUAGGAAUUAGGUGGAA